AUGCUUAUAUUUGUUACGUUUUCGUUUACGUUUGUUGCAACAGCGGACCUGACAUACACUGUUCACAACAGUCCAUUAAGUCAAAGUUACAACAUAAUACCCCAGUUUGUACCUUAUGAACAUGAUCGACUUCGUCGAGACGUCGAUUCAGCUAGUGCCUAUUCAGUGUCUGCCACAUCAAGCUCUUCCAGCACCACAUCUGUCACGCCUAAAAACACUGCCAAUAGUACAAAUAUUACAAAUGAGGCUGAAAGUUCGUCUUCCAUAGCAUCAACAGUCGUGACAAAAGUACCACUUUUAGGAGUUAACGGCUCUGGAAUAUUACAUGUGAAUAUAACCGGCAGUUCCAGCAAUUCGCCCAAGGUCAGCGAUCCUAUACUGCCGGACGACGAUAUCAGCGAUGUAUUCAGGUGGCUUACGCCAGACAUUAUUAAGGCGCAGCACAAUCUUUCUGAAAUUAUUACUGAGAAUCACAGCUUCUACAACAGUUCCUUCAUCGGGAACCCUGAUUAUUUUCGAGAGUAUUGGGCUAACAUAUCUAAGAAUCAAGCCGAUGUUCAUGAGCUCCUUAGCAACUCUCAUCGUCGAGCAACUACUCUAACGCUGAAAUUCGACUUCCCAUUCUAUGGGCACUCAGUACCUAACAUAACAGUUGCGACUGGAGGGUUCAUCUACACAGGAGACCACGUGCACAACUGGCUCGCUGCGACUCAGUACAUAGCGCCGUUGAUGGCCAAUUUUGAUACAAAACUAAGUAACGACAGUGUGGUGAAAAUGAGCGAUGAUGGUGAGAAAUUCAGCGUUUUUUGGGAAAAUGUAACACUGCAAGAGAACCCCACUAAAAAGUUCACGUUUGCUGCGACAUUAUACAAAAAUGGAGACAUAAUAUUCGCAUACAAGGAUAUACCAAUAAUCGUCCAAGAUAUCAACGACACGGAGCACCCAGUGAAAGUAGGCAUAAGUGAUGCUUACCUAAGCGAUAAAAUAUUCUUCCAUGUAAGGCGUAAAACUAUCUAUGAAUACCAUCGUGCGUCUUUCAAGAACCACGAGAUAACCAACAAUACGAUACUCAAGUUGGUCGCUCUGCCCACGUGCCUGCAGUACAACUCGUGCCAGGAGUGCGUCAACCAUGACACGGGAUUUAAUUGCACAUGGUGUGAAAAUAUUAAGAAAUGCUCGAGUGGAACCGAUCGCAAUAAGCAAGACUGGCUAAUAAGAAACUGCGAAAGGAGCUCGAUAUCGAACGAGUCGUCGUGUCCGGCGAGCGCGGGCGAGACGCACGUGGACCCGCCCGCCGGCGGCAACACCGCCUACACGACCGACACGCGGUCGCCCCACGACACAGCCGUCGUUAAUGCCGUGGAGUCGCAAACGCCGCAAGUGUCAAAGAUGAAGUACCCGGCGGGUGCGGGUCCGCCGGAGGAGCAGUACGCGUCGCCGGUGGGCGGCGUGGUGGCCGCCUUCCUCGCGGUCACGCUCGUGUGCUGCCUCGCCGCCUGGCUGAUGUACGCGUUCAAAAACCCCCACACACGGAGCGGACAACUGCUUAUAAAGUACCGUCCAUCGCAAUGGAGCUGGCGUCGCGGCGAGGCGCGCUACACGGCGGCCACCAUACACAUG